AUGAAGAAACCGUUCGACGAAAUCCAUGGCGUUGAAGCAGAGAAAGCUGAAGCUAUGAGAAGAUACAAAAACCGUAGAACUUUCCGGAACAUUCUACGAUCACUCGCCGUAGCUUUGCUCUGUUACUUAUGGUUUCCUAUGGUUCGAAUCGCCGGAAAUUGGUUUUACCGUACCGGAUCGGUUAUGUUAACCAAUCGUAUAUUCGUCUUCUUCCUUGUUAAUCUACUCGUCGUUUUGAUUUUCGUUCUGUCUCGCGACGAUGAGAGAGAUUGUAGUGGUGGUAGUGAAACAGAGCCAGAUCUGUACGAUCGGUACACUUCUUCCUCCGCCGUAAUCGUAACCGCUUCCUCCGGCGAGAAAGUUGAAGAAGAUGAUUCGAAGAAGCAGAUAGUUCCGGAGGACGAAAUCGGAGAAGAGGAAGAAGAAGGAGGUGUUCACUCCGGUGAAGGAGUAUCGGAGAACGGAAUCGGCGAGAAUGGCGAUGGAGAGAAUGAGUAG